AAAGAGAACAACUAUUAAACAAACAAAGAGAGAUAGGGACAAGAUGGCGGCAGAUCCACGCUUUAAGUUAUUCCGAGCUGUGGACCCGAGUCAGGUGAAUGUGCCUAUUGACGAUAGAUUCAGCAAAUUGACAUUGUCCUCGAAUAAGAAAAAGAAACUGAUACAGCAACAACAGGACCAUCAGGAUAAAGAGAAGGAGCCAAGGAUGGUCCAGUCGCUCACACCCAGUGCUCAGCGCCAGCUGGAUAUGGAGGCAGAUAAUUCGCAAGUGGAUCUCAAUGGAUCCGAUUAUAUGGACGCACUUCAUUUCAGUGGCGAUGACAUUGGAUGCACUCCAAAUCAAGUGGUGGACGCUCUUAGCGAAAAUGUGACAAAUUUGACGAUGAAAUCCACUGAGAUGGUUUCCAUAUGUAUAUCCUCCACCACCGAAGAGAGGGAUGAAGUGGACGACAACGACGACGACAGUGUCACUGUGGAAGAUGAUGAGGAUGAACGGUCUUGCAUAACAAUCUCAGACUCAAGUGAUGACGAUCAGCCCAAAGAGGAAGUUAUGGCUGUGAGUGAACAAGAGCCGGAACAGAGGCGGGAACAGGAACCGCAAGCCGCAAUGCUCUCCGCUGACAAAGUUAAACGCAUUGAAGCCUUCUUAAGAGACGUCUCCAUGGAGCGCCAUGAGAGGGCUGAAAGGGGCCAUGAGACUUCCACGGCCUCUCCCUUGUCCUCAGGUAAUAAACAUAGUCGCUUGGCCAAUGCCGAAACCGAAUCAAUGAGCCUAAGCCAAGCGGAGGAAGAAGCAAACUGGACGAAUCCUUCCUCACCCCCAAAUCUGGGUCCAGCUAAUGAUACUGUGAUGGAUACAUUCUGCUCGGCAGAUCUUCGUGAAUUGGAAAAAAGCAAAAAAUUGGCCGACAAUGAUACGGAAAUAAAUACCAUCUGUUCCGAGGAGGACGAGGCGGCGGCGGAGGAGAAGGAGAAGUCGCAGCAUCGUGAAAGUAGUCGACGCUUGGCCAGUAAUGACACAAUAGAGAAUACUCUAUGCUCUAAUGAAGAUGAGGAAAGAGACAUAACCAUACCAGAGACCGCCUCCUCGUCCAGCGAAGAUGAAGUUGAAUCGCCACGGAAGGAGCAAUCUAGCGAGGAUUUGGUUGCUCAACCAUCCAUUCAAGUCAGCAGUAUUAAUAUAUCCGCCAAGAUUAAUAUAAAGAUCCAUAUACCCCGAAUGGGUAGCAGUUGCUCAAGUGAUGAAGAAGAAUCUGAUGAGCUGGCCAAGCGCUCAACAUCCUCCAGUGAUGCGGAGAUUCAGAAAGAAAACCAAGGCCAAAUCGCACCGGCAACUGUUCAAACCCCAUUGCUAGUGGACGAUGCCUCCGAGGAUGAGCGAUUCCUCAGUCAGGCGGAGAAACUACUGAACGAGCUGUACGGCCAAGCGUGGCAGACACCGGACAUUAUACGUACCCUGAAACGUAGCAGCAACAGUGGAGGAAAAGCAACUCCUCCCAAGUCUCAAGCCACGAAACCCAAUCGUCGACAACAACAACCUCUCACCGAGUGCAAGCCACGUCAGCCAAGGGCUAAAACGAAGCCUUCCAGCAGGCACAUGGAUGAAAGUGCCUUGGGUGACUUUAGUAUAUUUAAGCGAGCUUUGCGUCCGACUGACAACCAAAAGACGCCCCUCAACUCCACACGCUUGCCCAACAAUGCGAGGGCUGUGCAAACGGAAAGACCCCAACGUCAACGUCCUCGGACAAAACAUUUGGAUGAGACACGCUGGCGGGCAUUGGUUGACUCGGAUACAAGUAGUGUAGAUGCCUCCGAUGAUGACGACGCCGACGUCACGGGCAGCAGUUCACCUUCUGGUUCCUCGCGCUCCUCCUCGACAAGCUCCAAAUCGAAUGAGGUUACAUAUUUGGAUCUGUCGCAGCGAGAAGUUCAAGUGGUGGGCACUGAUAAUAAGGAUUUACCAGCUCCCCGACGCCUUGAUGAUAUCUUACGUUCCUGCCGGCCCAGCAUUAAGGCUAAAUUACCUCCCACACCGAAUCCAAAUCCAAAUCCUUCAACUGAAGCGAAAACUUUGCCACCAAGUCGACGACAGUUGUUCACACCGAAUGUGGGCUAUGAGGAUGAGGCACAGGCCAUUGAAAUAGUCGACAGGGCCAUAGAGUUGGAUAUGCUGGAUGAGUUGGAGAAUGACCAUUUGCCAGGGACGCCAGUGCAUAAGCGUUUGCAGCAGAUUAAGAAACAAUUGGCCAAGGACAAUGCGACACCUAAAAUACCGCCCAAGUCGACGCCAAAAGUGACACCCAAAGCCACAGCAAAAGCGACACCCAAAGCUACACCAAAAGAGGUAGCUAAAGUCAUGCCGCCACCCACUUCGUCGGCGCGAAAGAAAAUCAUGGACUCCGCACACGGAGAAAGGAAAUAUAGUUUCCUGAAAUCCCUUGAAGGGCAAAUACCGCGACAUUUAAGCGAUAACGAAGCCUUCUUCUAUAGAGAGAACUUCAACAAGAAUAAGGAGCAAUUGGCUGAUUAUCUAUAUAAACUGUUCAAUGCCAACAUAUUCAAUGGGGAACUAAAUGUACCCAUCACCUGGUCGAAACUGCUAAGGAACACUGCCGGCAGAUGCAAGAACAAACGGAAAUUGAAUCAACGCUCUAGCACCAUAGAGUUGAGUCAAAAGGUCUUAACCAGCGCCGAUCGUUUGCGUUGCACUCUCAUCCAUGAGCUGUGCCAUGCAGCCGCUUGGGUCUUCAAUGGUGAGGGUGGCCACGGACGUGUUUGGAAAAUGUGGGCAAAGCGAGCCACCGAUAAGUUUCCAGAAUUGCCAGCCAUACAAGUUUGCCAUAGCUAUGCCAUUGAAUUCAAAUACACAUACAAAUGCCAGAAUUGUGAUGCCGCUUCCCAUGCCCAUUCUCGGUCGCGUAAAGUGGAGCAUUUGCGUUGUCGCCUCUGUCAUGGACCGAUCACAUUGUUGCUCAAUAAAAAGGACAAAUCGGGCAAUAUUGUAUCCACGCCAGCGGGUGAGGCCAAAGGCUUCGCCAAAUAUGUCAAGGAGAAUUUCCAGAAAUUUAAACGUCCAGACUUGACAGCUGCCGAGGUAAUGCGUCUAUUGAGUGUGGAAUAUGGCAAGCAGAAGAACAAGGGCGGCCGACAGGACGAUGGAGACAUUGCCAAGCAGGUGGAGACUUUAAAUUUAAGCGAUAGUGACGAAGAAAACUAAAUAUCUCAUCUAUCUACAUAUAUAUUUUUAUAUAUCUUUUGUUGGUUUUCUGAAAAAUGUUGUAUACUGAAUUUCUUGUAGUUAUGUUACAAAACGUUUAUUUGAAUAAGUAGGUAUGCAUAUUAAAUUUAAAUGCCAAGAAACUAAGUUUCAUAAAUUUAAUAAAAAUAAUGUUGCCUAGGACAAUGCAAAAGUUCUCCACGAAUUCUGUUUUAAGACCAAAUCAAAGUAUGUAACUAACAAAUAUUUGAAUCCCAAAAUGUCAAUCUGAUCAAUCAUCGGCAAGAGAUUGGUGAAGAAUUUCCAACCAAUUCUCAAGAUUUGAAGAAAUUAGUGCAAAGAGUGUGAUAUAAAGUUUUGUUUUUUCAUUCAUUAUUAUUAUUCAUAGCUAAGUUGUAUAAUAUUAUAAAUCAGAUUUCAUUCUUUAACCGUUAAACGUGGGAAUUACUUGGCGAGACAAACGAAUAUAAUCAAAUGAAAUAAAAGGGAUUACUUUAUCUUUUUUUUUUUUUUACGGCAGAUACUAAGUAUACAUAGGAUAUACAUACAUA